CGGAGGGAAAGUUCAAAAUUGGAGGAGGAACAGGAACGGUAAAAAAAAAAAAAAAAAAAAACUCGAUAGGACGCGAGUCACAAUGAACAGACAAGCGAAGGGUAGGACACCCCGCAGGCCUCCUCAUAAAAAGCCCUCCAACAACCAGAAAGACCCGGUUGGGGUGUACUGCCGUGUACGACCUCUGGGUGUGGAGGACGAGGAGUGUUGCAUCGAGGUCAUCAGCAGCACCACCAUCCAGCUGCACGCCCCUGAAGGCUUCAAAACAAACCGCAAUGGAGAAUACAAAGAGACACAGUAUUCCUUCAAAAAAGUAUUCGGAGUGUCAACAUCUCAGAUGGAGCUGUUUGAGUUUGUGGCCAAACCUCUUGUCGAUGACCUCAUCCAUGGAAAAAAUGGUCUGCUCUUCACGUACGGGGUCACAGGAAGUGGAAAGACGUUCACCAUGACUGGCUCUCCAGGCCAGGGUGGACUUCUACCUCGCUCUCUUGACAUGAUCUUCAACAGUAUUGGACCCUACCAGGCCAAACGAUAUGUUUUCAAGACUGAUGACAAAAAUGGCAUGGAGGUCCAGAAUGAAGUCGAUGCCUUGUUGGAGCGUCAAAGGCGGGAAAACAACUUGCCUGUUCCUAAGACACCCUCCUCUAGACAAAAGCUUGAUCCUGAAAUUGCUGACAUGAUUAAGCCAGAGGAUGCUUAUAAAGCUGAUGAUGUGGAUGAGGACAGCAGCUACAGCGUCUUCGUCUCCUACAUAGAAAUCUACAACAACUACAUCUAUGACCUCCUGGAGGAAAAUCAGGAGGAUGCAAUCAAACCAAAGUGGAAUGGUGGAGGCACACCUGUGCGCCAGAACACUGAGUUCAUACCACCACAGUCUAAAAUCCUCAGAGAGGAUCAGAAUCACAACAUGUAUGUGGCUGGCUGUAUGGAGGUCGAAGUCAAGUCUGCUGAGGAGGCGUUUCAAGUGUUCUGGAAAGGUCAGAAGAAGAGGAAAGUUGCGAACACCCGCCUGAACAGAGAGUCCAGCCGCUCCCACAGCGUGCUCAUCAUUAAACUGGCUCAGGCUCCUCUUGACGCAGACGGAGACAACAUCCUCCAGGAUAAAAACCAGGUGAGUGUUAGUCAGCUGUGCCUGGUGGAUUUGGCAGGAAGUGAGCGCACCGGAAGGACGGGGGCAGAAGGCACCCGUAUACGUGAAGCAGGUAACAUUAAUCAGUCCCUGCUGAAUCUGCGGACGUGCAUUGAGAUACUUCGAGAGAACCAGAUGUGUGGCACAAAUCGGAUGGUCCCCUACAGAGACUCUAAAGUAACCCAUCUGUUCAAGAACUACUUUGACGGAGAGGGCAAAGUCAGAAUGGUUGUCUGUGUCAAUCCCAAAGGCGACGACUACGAGGAAACCUUGCUGGUGAUGCGGUUUGCAGAGAUGACCCAGGAGGUGGAAGUGGCUCGUCCAGUGGACAGGCCCAUCUGUGGCUUCACCCCGGGCCGUCGCCAUAGAAACCAGGCCUUCAAAGAGGAACUGUCUCGCAAGCUGGAGGAGCGAGGCGGCCCGACAGACAGAGACCUGCCCUCUGUUAUAAACCACCUGGUGCACAGCCUCCCACCUCUACCAUCCUCUGAGCUGACCGACCCCCAUGAUGACAUCACCCUGCCAAGGCUCAUCGAAGCUCUGCAGAACAGACACAGGAUCAGACAGAUGAUGAUCGACGAAUACAACAAAGCAGCCAACAUGAUGAAGUCCAUGCUUCAGGAACUGGACAACAACCUCAUUACUAAAGACAAUUUCAUUCAUGAACAAAACGGCAAACUGGUGGAGAAGGACAAAAUCAUCCAGAACAACAAGGCAGAGUUGGAACGCUUGGAGAAGAAAAACAAGAUGCAAGAACACAAGAUUGACAUCCUGCAGAAAACUACUAAAAUCUAUGAGGACGACAAGCGCUCACUGAUGCAUGAACUGGAAACCAGAGACCAGAGGCUGCAGAGGGAGCUGUCUGACAAGAGACGCAUGGAGCAGCGCAUGCAUGGCGUCGUCACAGAUACACAGUACAAAUGGGAGAAAGAAUGUGACCGACGCGUUAAUGCGAUGCAGCUGGAGAUGCAAAACAAACUUUGGGUGAAAGACGAGAAACUGAAGCAGCUCAAGGCUAUCGUGACGGAGAGCAAGACUCCAGGUCGUCCUGAGCCUCCACCGCGUCAGACUCAGCCUAAGAGGCCUUCCAGAGAGGAACGCCUCCCUGCGAAAAGAUCAGCCUCGCCCUCACCUGUCCCUUGCCCUGUUGAUUCUCCCUGUGUCAGGCCAGUGCCAGGGCCAGUCAGUGCCACUAGAGUUGAGGAGGUUGAGAUGAACCCAAGGCCCGCCUGCCCCGUCCCCAGCACCAGUAGCUCUUUGUCUGUGUCUAGCUGCGUCUCUGCAUGGGAGCAGCGCAUGGCCCAGAACAGCAGGCAGGGUCACCAGUCCCCUAGUACGCCCACAAGAACCCAGUCCCCAGCAGGCCCCGUGGCCAGCCGGGGAAGGAGGAGAGCUCUGUGUUGGGUUAGAGAGGAGGAGGAGGAAGAAGAGGAAGAAGCAGCAGCCAGCUCCCCUCCAGUUGAUCUAGACCUAAUUGAGAGAAGCUACAGGACAACAACACCGGUGCGGCCGCUGCACCGUCGCUCCCGCUCUGCUGGUGGGGAGAAGUGGGUGGACCACAAGCCCUCCUCCAGUGUGGACUUGGGGACAGUCUUACAGCCUGUCAUCCCCAACGCUAUCCAGGUGUCUGCACCCAGUGAGAAGGCCCUGUCAAAGUGUGACAGAUAUGUGUUAACGCACCAGGAGGUCGCCUCUGAUGGCGAGAUACAGACCAAACUUAUUAAGGGUGAGGUAAUUAAGACCAGAGGAGGAGGACAGGCUGUCCAGUUCACUGACAUCGAGACUCUCAAACAGGAGCUCACCGCAGUCCCAAGGCGCAAAAGAAAAUCCUCAGAAGGUGCACCUGCCAACGAAAAUGCAUCAGAUGGAGCUUGGACUGAUGUGGAGACAAGGUGUUCUGUGGCGAUGGAGAUGAGGGCUGGAUCCAACAUGGGUCCUGGCUAUGAGCAUCAUGGGAUCACCAAGCGCAGAAAACCCUGAAAGCAGUUGACCACUGCUCCAGUCAUCACUCCCCUCUGCCCUCACCUGGCUCUUGUGCAAUAGUCUAAACUUUUUUAUAUAUAUUUAGCUGUAGUGAUAUUUAAACAUUUUCCACACUUUUUUAUAUAUAUGCAGAAGUGUAUAUACAUGUGUCACCAAAGCUGUUUUCUGAAAAUAUUUUAUACAUUGUAUUUGAACCAAUAGAAAACAAGUGUUAUCUGAUUCAGUCAAGGAUGGUGGCAAAUAUCUACUGUGGCGCUGCUGCUGCUGAAAAGAGUCUGUUUGCAUGUUUAUGUGUUGACAGUCACGUUUGUUACUUGGCACAUGAAGAGGAGUUGUGAAGCUGCCACACUAUUGAUUUUGUCUGUUUCUGUCUCUUGAUUGGUGAAUCAUACUGAGUUUUAAGUAGAGUUUGAAUAAUCCAGUUCUUUAUGAAGUUCUUUCUUUAUAAAAUUUGCUUCUGCCACUAAUGAAACUGAACUCUCCUGCCUUCACUGUACGCUCAGGAAUAAAAUUCCUUUGAAGCACCAGCUUGUUGUGUAUAUUCA